UCAAGCAUCCCUGAGUUUCAGACAGAAACUUACUCUGAGUACGUGUAUUCAAAGGGCCAUCAAGAAAUGGGGACCUGGAUUUUGUUUGCCUGCCUCCUGGGAGCAGCCUUCUCUAUGCCCCUACCACCUCAUCCUGGGCACCCUGGUUAUAUCAACUUCAGCUAUGAGGUGCUUACCCCUCUGAAGUGGUACCAGAACAUAAUAAGACACCCGUACCCGUCCUACGGUUACGAACCCAUGGGUGGCUGGCUGCACCACCAAAUCAUUCCCGUGGUAUCCCAGCAGGCUGCCCUGCAGCCUCAUCACCACUUCCCCAUGGUGCCAGCCCAGCAGCCCGCGGUCCCCCAGCAAACCAUGAUGCCAGCUCCUGGCCAGCACUCCAUGACUCCAAGCCAACCCCACCAGCCACACCUCCCUGUGCCCGCCCAGCAGCCCGUCCAGCCGCAGCCUCACCCGGCCCUGCUGCCCCAGCCGCCUCUGCCUCCGAUGUUCCCCAUGAGGCCCCUGCCCCCCAUGCUUCCUGACCUGCCUCUGGAGGCUUGGCCCGCAACAGACAAGACCAAGCGGGAGGAAGUGGAUUAAGAGAUCAGAAAAUGAGAAGAGAACUGAAGUAGGUACUCCAGUUGCUUUCAGAAUGACACAACAACACAACGAUUUGUUCCUACCGUCACUUAGCAAAUUCUGUAACUGAAAAGUACCAUUAGCAAACAAUAAAAUGUUU